AUACACGCAUCUUCUCAAACCCAAACGGACCAACGAACGAAAACCACCAGAGGCGAGCGAAAAAUACAAAUAUUAUUCACUAUUCUAUAAAUAAAGCGCGGCUUUUGCCCCACUACCGCUUCGGACUUAACCGGCGAGUUACCGCGGACUCCUGCUCAAUUUCAAACUUGGCUCAUUUCAAUACAAAGUCCCCGAGAGUGAAAAAGCGAGUAACGAGAAAAGAUCAACUCGUUUUCGACCACAACAACAAGAAAAAAAUUUCGAAUAAACGUGGAUUCUUAAGUGUUUAUAUUUUUUUGUAAUAUAAUUUUAUUGUAAGAAAAUAAGAAAAAGAUAUAGUUAUGGCUCAACUGGUUAAUGUGUUAUUAAAUAAGGGCGAAGCGCCUAGUUUGGGGUUUAGAAUUCAAGGUGGCAAGGAUUUUGGUACACCUUUAAUCAUUCAAAAGGUAAAUUAUGGAUCCCCAGCUGAAAAAGCAGGUCUUCAAGCCGGCGAUUCAGUGAUAAAAAUCAACAACGUAGACGUAUUCAGCAUGCGCCACAAAGAUGCACAAGAUGUCAUCAUUAGAGCUGGACCAGCUUUCGAAAUCACCGUCCAAAGAGGUGGAUCCACUUGGAAACCAAGCGUAAUUCCGACCACACCGAGUGUACCCAAACCACAACCAGCUAGCAAUAAUUAUUCUCCGGUUACCAAAACUUCUUUAGCAGCUAAUCCCCAAUCUUCAAUCGGUGCUAUUGGAACUGGUCAUAACGUUUCCGCAAAACCAUUUAAUUCACAAGUAAAUGGAACCGUAAAUGGUGGUCCAAAAUUUGUCAAUAAACAAUAUAACACACCUUUGGGGCUUUAUUCGGAACAAAGUAUCGCGGAAACUUUAUCAGCACAAGCGGAGGUUUUAUCAACUGGUGUUUUAGGAGUUAACUUCAAAAAGAACGAGAAAAAUUACGAUGCCUCAAACAGCGAAGUGUUUCGGAUGGUUCAAGAAGCCGACAAAGAACCUAAACAACAAGAAUCAGUAAGUCGUCAAUCGUAUUACGCUAGUCUUUCGCACGCUAUCGGAGGUUUUCCGGUUACACCAAGAUCUGUAACGCCAAUCAGUGAAAGAUCUUGCAGCAGACAAGGUUUGGAAAAUAAUCCUACAACUACUUCUGCUACUAGUACAACAACAGGUGCUAACGUUGCGACAGAUCAAAGUAUGACUGUUUGCAGUGAAUGCGCCCGAUUGAUCGUCGGAGUUUUCGUACGGAUCAAGGACAAAAAUCUCCACGUGGAAUGUUUUAAAUGUGCCACGUGUGGGACUUCACUUAAAAAUGUUGGGUAUUACAAUAUAAAUAAUAAGUUAUAUUGUGAUGUUCAUGCUAAAUUGGCUGCAAGAAGUAAUCCUCCAAGUCAAAAUGAAGUUCCUGUUACAAUUAAACCUGGUGGAACAAUUCCACCUGCAUUAGCAUCAUCGUUAGCUAAAAAUCGACUACCAUCAUCGACGGCUCCAUUAUCACCAAAUCAAAAUCAAACAGCUUUACCAUUUUCACAAUCAGUUGAGGAUGUAUCAAGCACCCCAAAUAACAAUGAAACGAUUGCAAAUGUGAAUACAUCUGAAACGUUUCAAAGUGAUAUCACAACUGUGGAUUCUGGCCAUCAAAAGAAGGACGAUCAACGAAAACGGCCGUCAUUGUUUGGCACCAAAUACGAUCCGAUUAAGAACGAAGGUCCAAUAUCUUUCAGUGCUUAUAUGUCAAAGUCGGGGACUAACUUUUCUAGUCCGCGUCCAUUCUCCAGCGUUUCAGCACCGUUAUCACCACCGACAAACGUUGGUUAUUCAACUUUACCGAAAGCUUCACCAGUUUCUGUGCCAUUUUCAUCACCUGCACCUUCUGUCCCAUCAUCGGAAAAGGGACGAUCCCUUCAUAACGUUAUUUGGCCCCCACCUCCCGAUCCCGAAGAGUCUGACACUCCAACAGCGACUCCUUUAUAUUUUCCACCACCGAGUCAUUUACGACCACCAACUCCUCCUUAUUUACCCCCAGAUCCACAAAUAAUCCAACCACCGCUUCCUAAACCUAUUUAUUCCUCGCUAAAUUUAUCAUCACAGAAUCAAAAUCAGACCACCGAAGAAAUUGUAUACAAAGAAGAAACUGUGCGAGAAGAAACAACAACAUACAGUGAGAGUUUGUUAACAGAAGAGGAGGAAGACGUUAAUAUGGAACAAAGAAUGUCGUUGUGUUCGGCGGAAGUGACGAGUAUUGUGGAUAGAAGGGUUGCGGUUGAAACCAUUGAGAGCGCAGCGGAGACCCAAAUGUUGGUUGAGUCUUUAACAAAACAAAGACCGCAAUCUCCACCUCCGAUUCCGCCGAUUGAUGCAGAUAUCUUGCCGAAAGUUGAAGUGCAAACACAACCUUUAGGUCAAAAUCGGCCGAGGAGUAACACAGAUCCUCGUGUUUUAACCCGAGUUUGUGUCUGCACGAAUUCUUGUUGCAACGCAACAACCGGCGAACUCUGCGCGAGUUGCCCAAUGAGAGAUUUAAAGAGACCCAAUGAUUUCCAAAAAUCGAAAAGUGUUUGUGUCGAACCAAAACGAUUUGGUUCACCGAUUAUAACCGGAGUUUCAGUAACAAUUAAUAACCCCGGAAAAAUUAAAGAAUCCAAAGACUUCUUUACCGAAAUUCCCGUGAAAAAAACAACGACCGCUUUAGGAUCAGCCUUAGUAACAGCGCCCAAAGAACCGUUUCAACCCGUCUCGACCCAUUCACAAUCGAUUCCUUUACCCGAAGAAACACAACCCUAUUUACCGCCGGAAAGACCAUACGUUCCACCUCCAAAGCCAGAAAGAAAAGAAUCAAUCCCCCAACAAGAUUCGGCGUUUAUUUCAGCUUUAAGAAUUGCCCCAGAAAGACCUUGGACCCCAACAAACCCACCACCUUUAGUUACAAAAAAGAAAACCACCGAAGAUCCCAUUAUGAAAGAUUUACCAAAGCCAACUCAAUGGAUGUCGAUGGUAAGCGCUUUAACAACAGCUUCAGAUCGUCCAUAUUCCCCAUUUGUAGGCGAAAUCACCACGUCGGUGACUAAAGAAAUCGUUGAACAAACCGAUAUUAAACAAGAAGAGAUUAAAAAAAUGAAACAAUCACAACAAGAAAUGAUGAGGAGGUCAUCUCACAACGAAACCGCUUUACCAAAACCCUACGUUGGCACGAGAACCAACACAACUCGUUUAGAAAAAUUUGAAGCUGUUAACGAUGAUAGAGUAACCCCUCAAAUGCAUUUUCCUCCAAUUUCGGAUGAAUUAAAAGCUUCAUAUGAGUACCACGCCGAUUACUCAGAAAUAAAAAGCGAGAUUUCUUCGCAAAUAAUCGAACAAGCCCAUUUAGAGGAAACGACUGAAUCCGUUCAAAAAGUCCAAGAAAAAAGCGAAGAAACUAAAUGCUCUUCUUGCCAAAAAUCCAUUUCCAAGGAAAAAAAGAUUGAAAAGCAAACUGAAGAAACGGUUUUGAAAAAGCCCAUGGAAUUGUCGAGCUUGUUGCAAAAAAGGGAAUAUAUCCCCCAAUAUCAAAUGUCUUUAAAUUACGACGAAACUCUCGAGUUGCCUCAUCAUAAAAAUAUAAAGAAACUCUUGCCAAACGAUCAAAAUAAACAACAAUCGGAUGGAAGGAAUCCGAAUGUAAAGCCAAGUUCGUAUCAAUACACUCCGAAACCUUUGCCAACUUAUCGAGAACCUCAAGUUGUUACCAAACCGGUCACGACAAUCCAACCGGGACAAACAAAUCCUAACGUUCCCGCAAUGUCCUUCCAAACCAUCGAUGAUGAACGACCGCCAAAAACAUCAUUUUCACCAAGACCGGGAUCUUUAACGCCGAGUAUGAUCAAUAAACCACCAUCAACACUUCCUUAUUACCAAGCAAAUCUUGUUUACACAGAAAUGCCUGUACCCGAAGUUAACGUUUUCGAUCCUAAAAGCCCCGCAAUUUCACGUUCCCCAAGUCCUUGUCCAGAUCGUGCUCCAUCGCCAUUCGGAAGAAUGUCACCGAGACCCAGAUCACCAGCGGCCGGACCCCCUCCCAACCCACUUAAACAAGGUGUUAUUCCCAAGUUUACUAAAGAAGAUCAUAUGAAAGGUGAAGCUGUUAAAAAUAUUUCAACUUAUAUUCCUCAGUAUAGAGAAAAAAUUGAUGGGAGAGUUUCCGAUGCUGAUACAAGAACCGUCACUCAACACGUUAGUUUUGAUGUACCUCUUCGUAAGAGUUCAGUUAAAGAAGUUGAAUGUCAUAAAAAAAGUGCUUAUGAAACUCAAGGAAAAGUUGAGGAUUCUGCUAGUUGUACUUUAAAAGUUUGCCAAAAAAAACAAGAAGAAAAAUCUAGUCAAGAAUGUGGACAAAAAUGUGGACAACAAUCUCAAAAAUCUGUUCAACAAAUUGGACAACAAUCUAUUCAACAAAUGGGACAACAAUCUUCUCAAAAAUCUGUUCAAAAAAUGGCACAAUCUUCUCAAAGAUCCCAACAGUCAAUGCAACAAUCAAUGCAGCAAAAAAUGCAGCAAUCGGUUCAACAAACUGUUGAAGAAAUAGUACAAGAAUCUGUACAAACAGUACAACAACGUUCUAUGCAAUGCUCAAAACAAUCAUCGUCCUAUAACAGUCAAUUUGAAAAAGCUUCCUCCGCUUUACAACAACAACAACAAUCUAAACAAGCUUCUUUAGAAGCAACCAAACAAACUUUAAAGCCAUCGACGCAACCCCCUUUCCGUCAGGUAAAAAACCCGGAAGUGAAUCCACCUGGAGUUCAAGGAAUGCGAGUGACGAAUCCUCAACCGAUUUAUUCCCCUUUCCUUCAAAAAGGUCAGACUCAACCCCCUCCCGUUCAACCACCAGCUCCUCCAACGAGAACAUCCGUUCCAAAAACUCCAAUUUCCGCGGCAACAGCCCAACCGAACAAAUCCCAACAAGCUCUAACAAACAAAAACGUACCCCUUUGUGGUGCCAGUGCGAAUGUAUCCAAUGUACCCAAACCUAAUAAUGCAGGUGUUGGAGGUGGAAAACAAGCCGGAGCCGUUGGGUUCUCCCCGAAAAGAGGUCGCGGAGUUCUCAAUGUUGGCGGUUUAGUUGGAGCUAGAAUUGCUGUUUGUGGUCAUUGCCACAAUCAAAUCAGGGGGCCAUUCAUAACAGCUUUGGGUAAAAUCUGGUGUCCAGAUCACUUCGUUUGUACAUCACAAAAUUGCAAAAGACCUCUCGCUGAUAUCGGAUUUAUUGAAGAACAAGGACAAUUGUAUUGCGAGUACUGUUUCGAGCAGUAUUUAGCUCCAAAUUGUUCGAAAUGUGGAACCAAAGUAAAAGGAGAUUGUUUGAAAGCCAUUGGAAAAAAUUUCCAUCCAGAAUGCUUUAAUUGCUCAUAUUGCGGAAAAUUAUUCGGAAAUUCCCCGUUUUUCUUGGAAGAUGGUCAACCCUACUGUGAAAACGAUUGGAACGAAAUGUUCACGACGAAAUGUUUCGCAUGCGGAUUCCCCGUCGAAGCUGGAGAUCGUUGGGUGGAGGCUUUGAAUAAUAACUAUCAUAGCCAGUGCUUUAAUUGCACUAUGUGUAAGAAAAAUCUCGAAGGACAAAGCUUCUUCGCUAAAGGUGGUCGUCCUUUCUGCAAAAACCACGCCCGUUAGAAUUCUCUAAAAAAAAAUUUAAAGAAGAAAGAAAUAAAAUAAAAGUUAUUUGAUUUUUAAAAAGGGGUUUAAAAAAGCUUUCGCCAAAUAUAAUUAUAUUUAUUUAUAUAUUCUUGUAAUUCAGCUUAAAAAAGCCAAAUCUAUAAACCAAAAUGAAUUUUUUGUGUUAAAAAAAAAACUAUUAGAUGAUUAUUUUAGUCUUUUUAGGUAAUUAAAUAUAAAAAAAAAUAUUUAUCUAUAUGUGUUAUGUAUACUAGUCGUUUAAGUUUAAAUAACAAAACAUCAGGUAUAUUUUAGUAGAAAAAAAAUAAGAACUAUGUAAAUUGUACUUAUAUAACUUGUGUAUAAAUAAAUCUUUGUGUUUUAAUUGUAUAAAAUUUAAGAAAUAAUGGAGGAGAUGAGAAGAAUUCGAAUAAAGUUGCCAUUUUAGAGACGAAAAGGAUUUGUAGUGUUUAGAUGGAUUGUUUUAUUAUGUAUAUUAGAUAAAUCAAUAAAUAACCAUUUAAAAUUUAA